GCGCCCGGACGCCUGGGUUCCCAGGCCCACUGUUGCCCCGCAUGGCCCCGUUUCCAGCCCCAGGGAGCCCCCGCCCGGCCCCUGCCUCUUGGAGAAGGGGGCGGGGCAGCUCCCGCCUCCAGCCCAGCCGGGACUCUCCGGCCCGCACAGGUCUGCGCGGCGCGGGAAGGGUUAAAGGCCGGGGCGCUAAGUCCGCCCUGGAGCAGGCGGGGCCCAGGAGCCUUCCCGUGCCAGGCCGGACACCCGGGGCCCCAGCCCGGCCCGUGCACAGGGCAGGUCCCGGCUGCAGCCCGGGGAUCGGUCGGUUGUGUGAAGGGACACGCCCGGUCUGUCCUGUCCCUGCUGCCGAGGACCCCGCCUUGCCCCAGACCCCAAUAGCCCCAGACCAUGGUGAUGGCUGCAGCGGGGCCGGCACAGCAGCUCCAGGUGGCGUUUGAGGACGUCGCUCUGUAUUUCACCCGGGAGGAGUGGGAGCUCCUAUCCCAGCCAGAGAAGCAGCUGUACCAGGACCAGAUGCUGAGGAAUUACCAGGCGCUCGUUUCCCUGGGCUAUUCAGGUUCCACACCGGACUUAAUCCACCGGAUUGAGGCAGGGGAGGCAGAGCUCUGGAUCCAGGAUGCUGAGAACUCCAGGGAAAGCUCAGGGCCUGAGAGCCCCUCCCGAGGGCACGGGAUCCGGGGAGGAACGAGGAGACGGUCUGAAUGUGGGGAGAGUGUGGGAGGAAAGCAGGAUCUCACGGCCCCUGGGGAGAACCAUGGACAGGAUGAAGUCAAUCCCCAUGCCAAGUGUGGGGAUGGACUCAGCCAGAGACCAGACCUGGCUUCACACCAGAGCCUUGCUGUGGGGCAGCAAUCCCACGGCUGCGUUGACUGCGGCAAGAGGUUCAGCAACGCCUCCGCACUGACCCAGCACCGGCGAACGCACAGCGGCGAGCGGCCGUACCGCUGCGCCGACUGCGGCAAGGGCUUCAUCAGAGCCUCUGCACUGAACCAGCACUGGCGCACACACACCGGGGAGCGGCCCUACCGCUGCGCCGACUGCGGCAAGGACUUUGCUCAGCUCUCACACCUGUCAGCACAUCAGCGCACACACACUGGGGAGCAGCUGUACCGCUGUGAUGACUGCGGCCAGAGCUUCUGCUGGGCCAAGUCACUGCACCGGCAUCGGCGCACGCACACCCAGGCGUGGCCGUACCACUGUGCCGACUGCUGCAAGGACUUCUGUGAUGCCGCCUCGCUGAGCCGGCACCGGCGCACGCACACCGGGGAGCGGCCCUACCUCUGUGCCGACUGCGGCAAGAGCUUCGGCAACGCCUGGACACUGACUCAGCACCGGCGCACGCACACCGGGGAGCGGCCACACCGCUGCACUGACUGCGGCAAGGGCUUCAGCAACGCCAGCACGCUGACUCAGCACCGGCGCAUGCACACCGGGGAGCGGCCCUUCCGAUGCACUGACUGCGGCAAGUGCUUCGGCAACGCCAGCACCCUGACCCAGCAUUGGCGCACACACACCGGGGAGCGUCCGUACCGCUGCGUCGACUGUGGCAAGGGCUUCAGCAACGCCAGCACGCUGACCAAGCACCAGCGCACGCACACUGGGGCACAGCCGUACUGCUGCACCACAUGUGGCAAGGGCUUCAGCCAACAGGCAAACCUUACCAGGCACCUAGCCACACAUGCUAAUGCCUCUCUACCACCACCAGGACCUGAGGGGCUUCUGGGGGCUGGUGGGCUUGGCACAGCUCCAGCAGAUGGAGACCAGGCUGUGGUCCUGUCUCCUCCCCAGGGCGGGGAGCGGGCGAGAGGCGGCCCCGGGGAGGCAGCAGCAGCCGCGGGGUGGGAAGUCGCUGCCCGGGCGGAGGAAGCGGCCGGGGCCGGAGCCGAGCCCGGCGAUGGCUGCAGCGGGGCCGGCGCAGGUAGGACGCGGGGCGGGGACUCCCCGGCCGGGCACUGGCUGGUCCCGGCUGGGGGCCGAGCCGAGGGGGCCGGGAUCCGGGUCCCUCCCGCGCUAGUGACCGCGGGGCCGGGGCUGCAGCAGCCGGAGCGCGGGGGCCGGGGAGCGGCGCGGGGGGGCCCUGGCCGGGCGGACACGCGGAGCCGGGCGCGGCCCCUUCCACCCAGCGCGGCCCCGGCCGGGCAGAGGAGCCUGAGCUGGGGCGGGAGCGGGGGCGGAGCCUGUUCCCUGCCCUGGGAUUCGGGCCCCGCCCAGAGCCCCCUCCAGGUGGCGUUUGAGGACGUCGCUCUGUAUUUCACCCGGGAGGAGUGGGAGCUCCUAUCCCAGCCAGAGCAGCAGCUGUAUCGGGAGCAGAUGCUGAGGAAUUACUGGACCCUCCUUUCCCUGGGCUCUUCAGGUUCCAAACCGGACUUAAUCCAUCAGAUCGAGAUAGGGGAGGCAGAGCUCUGGAUCCGGGAUGCCGAGGGCCCCAGGGUGAACUCUGGAUCUGAGAGCCCCCUCUCAGCAGGGCUCAGGAUCCUGGGGGGAAUGAGGACACAGUCUGAAUGUGGGGAGAGCGCAGCAGGAACGCAGGAUCCCAUGGCCAACAGAGGGAUCCAUGUAGUCGCAGUCCAUCCCUGGGGUAAACUCAACCAGAGACUCCCCAUGGACCUGUGUCCCCACCACUGCAUUGACUGCAGCAAGAAUUUCAGCAACCCCUCCGCGCUGACCCAGCACCGGCGCACGCACACCGGGGAGCGGCUGUACUGCUGCACUGACUGUGGCAAGGGCUUUGCAAAGAGCUCAGCUCUGAGAACACACCAGCGCACGCACACCGGGGAGCGGCCGUAUCGCUGCACUGACUGCGGAAAGGGCUUUGCAGAGAGGUCAACCCUGAGAACACACCAGCGCGCGCACACCGGGGAGCGGCCGCACCGCUGUGCUUACUGUGGCAAGGGCUUUGCACAGUUUGCACACCUGAAAAGACACCAGCGCACGCACACUGGGGAACUGCCAUACUGCUGCACCGACUGCGGCAAGGGCUUUGCGCAGAGCUCAAGCCUGAGAAUACAUCAGCGCACGCACACCGGGGAGCGGCCGCACUGCUGCACUGACUGCGGCAAGAGCUUUGCAGAGAGCUCAGCGCUUAGAAUACACCAGCGCACCCACACCGGGGAGCGGCCAUAUCUCUGCACCGACUGUGGCAAGAGCUUUUCAACGAGCUCAAUACUGAGAAGACACUGGCGCACACACACCGGGGAGCAGCCGUACCACUGCAAUUACUGUGGCAAGAGCUUUGCACAGAGCUCAAUACUGAGAAUACACCAACGCACACACACUGGGGAGCGGCCGUACCUCUGUGCUCACUGUGGAAAGGGCUUUGCACGGCGCACUUACCUGAGAAUGCACCAGCUCUCACACACUGGGAAGCGGCUGCACCAUUGCACUGAUUGCGAAGAGUGUUUUGCACAGAGCUCAUCCCUGAGAAAACACCAGCGCGCGCACAGCGAGGAGCAGCCAUACCGCUGCAAUGAAUGUGGCAAGAGCUUUGCAGGGAGCUCAAAGCUGAGAAUACACCAGCGCACGCACACCGGGGAGCGGCCGCACCGCUGCACCGACUGUGGCAAGAGCUUUGCAGAGAGCUCAAAGCUGAGAAUACACCAGUGCGCACACACCGGGGAGCGGCCGCACCACUGCACCGACUGUGGCAAGAGCUUUGCAGUGAGCUCAAGCCUGAGAGCACAUCAGCGUACGCACACCAGGGAGCGGCCGCACCGCUGCACCGACUGUGGCAAGAGCUUUGCAGAGAGAUCAAAGCUGAGAAUACACCAGCGCACGCACACCGGGGAGCGACCGUAUCACUGCAACGACUGUGGCAAGGGCUUUGCCCAGAGCUCCACCCUGAGACUGCACCAGCGCACACACACCGGAGAGCGGCCGCACUGCUGCACCGACUGUGGCAAGGCCUUUGCCCAGAGCUCAACCCUGAGGAUACACCAGCGCACGCACACCGGGGAGCGGCCGUACCACUGUGAUGAUUGCAAGAAAAGCUUCAGCAAUGCCAGUACGCUGACCAGACAUCAGCGCACACACACACCGGGGAGCAGCUGUACAGCUAUGACAACUGUGGUAACAGGUUCAGCAAUGCCAACAAGCUGACCCAGCUCCAGCACAUGCCCACUGGGGAGUGGCCAGACUCCUCGCUGACUGCGGCAAGGGCUUUGCACACAGCUCAAACCUCUGAAUACAUCAGCAUGCACACACCAGGGAACGGCCAUUCCAAUGCACUGUCUACAGAAAAAGCUUUGCACAGAGCUAAUACCUGAGAACACCAGCGCAUUCACAGCAGGGAGCGGCUGUGCUGACUGUGGCAAAUGCUUUGCUCACUUGGGCAACCUCACUUGGCACCAGUUGACUCACUAACACCCCUGUGCCAGGGCCUGAGGGGCUUCUGGCAGCGGGUGGGCCUGGCACAGUGCCAGCGAUGCAGAUAAGGGAGCGGUCCUGUCCCCAUGAUGCCCGGCAGAGACUGUGUGGGGCAGGGAAUGGGACUUGGCUGAGCAGUGUGGGGGGAUUUUAGAGUAGAUGGUCACAGCCUACUCCAUUAGGGUCCCCCUGCAUCAAGCUGGGAUCCAGCCAGUUCUCUCUGUCAAACUCUCCCCAACACAUAUAGCUGUGAGGCAGCUGGGACAAUCCCUCUCCACCCCCCAUCCAGAUGGGACUGAGGCAGGAACGUCCCUCCACACCUUCCUCGGUUUCAGCCAGGGGGUGACUCUUAGGUGACAUUGAGAUAGGAUUUGCAGUCCUCUCAGCAUGGAUUGGGUUGAGGGGUGGGGCAGGACAGCCCAGUAUGUUUGAUUGAAAGACGACUCAGGAACUGCUCAUAUCGUCUAUUUUAAAUAGAAAUGUGAUGAAGAAAAAUUAUGUACCUAAUGUGUAACAAAGGUCUGUCUAACCAGGUGUUUCUUUGCUGUUAAAGAAGCUGAUGCAUUUGGAUGGUGUGUGGAGAAGCCAAUAUGAAGUGUCAAUCUUUUAAAAUAAAUCAGCCCAAAUGUACUAAGGCCUAACUGACCAUGAGGCCUGAUGAACUGUGUGACUGGCAGGUGCUCACAGAGAGUUUUGCAUUACUCCUUGGGGAAGUCUAUGCCCCCCAAAAAUUAAAAAUUCUACACACCAUA